CGUUGGACGUCGUCUGGACCCACGUGAUGAACAAACAUCCAGCACAGCGAGAGUUAGGGAAAGUUCAGCAAUAAAAAACUUUCCCAGGAACUUGUGCUGAGGGUUUGGUGAGUAGCGACUAAAAAGGAGCUACACACAGCUGUAUGGAGCAGUUCUCGCAGCUACACGAAAACAAGCAUCUCUGCAGGCUGGGAGUAAAGAGAGCACAUUGACGGGAGAGACACCAGCCGGAUCCCCAGUUGUACUGAACAGAGAGAAGGCUGAAUUUCCUCACUUUAAAUCUCAGAGGAGAGAAAGAAUGAAAGUGUGUGCACCUGCCGGAGUCUGAACAAAAGCCACAGCAUUGCAAGUGGGAUCAGGCUGUUUGAAAAGCGAGCCCAGCAAAGCACUAUUCAUCAUGGUAACAGUGCCAAUACUAGUCAUUUUCCUUUGUUCCAUCAAGCAUGUAAUGCUGCUUAAGGCAGAAUGGCGACAGACAAGAAUACCUGCUAUUUUGCCUCAUGAUACCGUGACACUGGAGAAAGCUCAUUUUCAGGGUAAAACAAAACUAGAAGUAACCUCUCCAUGUGAAUUAGAGUGUCAUAAAAGAGCACCCCUACCAACGUAUGAAGAUCUAAAAGAAUAUUUGUCUUUUGAAACUCUGUACUUGAAUGGAAGCAGAACCCUCACAAGUGUAAACAUCUAUAGUUUCAAUUCUGUCAACUUGGAAAACAAACAACAUUACAGCAGUGGUCGAAGAACGAAAAGGCAGGUCUUUGGCUUGGAUGGCAGAUUCAGCAUCUUGGCUAAAAACUUUCUGUUGAGCUAUCCUUUCUCAACGUCAGUGAAAGUUUCCACAGGUUGCACUGGGAUUCUUGUAUCAGAGAAGCAUGUUCUAACUGCUGCCCACUGUAUUCAUGACGGUAAGAACUACGUGAAGGGUGCACAAAGGUUGAAAGUUGGAUUUUUAAAGCAGAAACAAAAAGCCACAAAUCAAACCAACUCAAUAUUUCCAGAAAAACCUAGGCUCCAUUGGAUACGAGUAAAACGGACACAUGUCCCAAAGGGAUGGAUCAAAGGUUCAGCAAAUGAAAUCGGCAUGGAUUAUGACUAUGCACUACUGGAACUGAAAAGACCUCACAAGAAACCCUUUAUGAAAAUAGGAGUUACUCCACCUCGGGGAAGGAUGCCUGGUGGUAGGAUUCACUUUUCAGGUUUUGAUAAUGACCGUCCAGGAGAUCUUGUUUAUCGUUUCUGCUUGGUCAAAGAUGAAACUUAUGACCUUUUGUAUCAGCAUUGUGAUGCUCAGCCAGGAGCUAGUGGUUCAGGUGUUUACAUUCGAAUGUGGAAACGGCAAAGUCGGAAGUGGGAGCGAAAAGUGAUUGGCAUAUUCUCAGGACAUCAGUGGGUGGACAAGAAUGGCAUGCAGCAGGAUUACAAUGUGGCUGUUCGGAUCACUCCUCUGAAAUAUGCACAGAUUUGUUUCUGGAUCAAAGGAAAUUAUGUUGACUGUAGAGAUGGAUAAAGGUUUUUAUUUGAUGUUUUUAAAACUGCACUGUGUAAGCUGGUAAGCUUUCGUAUCCAAGAGACAUUCAACUUAAUGUACUGUGGAUACAUGUCAUGUGACUGCAACGUAAGGACAAAAUAUUGCAACAGAGCUCAAUUAAAAAUAUAGAAAAAAAGAUUAUAAAAUGCUUUGUAACUGCUUAUUGUGGCACAUUGAAUUUAAAAAAGAUAGCAACCCUCUAAUAACUUCCUUUUGCUGCAUUUUGGAACACCUUUAAAACAUGUUGUGUUUAAUGUUGCAACCAUUUCUUUUCUCCCGGCCAUAAAUGUUUAAAUAUUUUAAACAGCCAGUCUAAU